AUUUGGAGUUUAAUAUAGGCUGUCUAAAUCAUAUUCGACUCCCAGGAAACAAGACAGGAUAUGUCUACAUGUUGGAUACCAGAAUACUGAGGUCACUGUGUUUCAUUCUGGUCCGACGGAGUAACGACGCAAAGUCUAGAAUGUCAGUAUGGAGAACAGGCGCGAGCUAGGAAUGCAAAGGGGAAAAGCACGGCUCUACGUGGUGUUUCUAACGAUUCUUUUCGCCCAAUCAACUGGCGCGAUAGCGGUGGGCUCGUGUAAAGACAACGAGUACUAUAGGAAUGAUACGGGCUCUGGCUUCUGCUGUGACAAGUGCCCUCCAGGUUACAGGUUGAAGGAGCAAUGUCCUGGCGAGGGACAGCGGUCCGUGUGUGAGAAAUGUGAAGCGGGGUAUUUUCUAGACAAGCUGAACUACUUCGGGAAUUGUUUCCGAUGUAAAAGAUGCAAAGAUUUAGAGUUGGAAAUUUCACCCUGUGAACCCCACAGAGACAGAGUGUGUGGCUGUAAGUUAGAAUUUUACACGAAGAACAAUGAGUGCAAACGCUGCACCAGAUGUGGACCUGGCCAGAAAAAGAUUGGAGGAUGUACUGGAGCAAAUGACACAUUGUGUGUGUGUGAGGACAACCACUACCCCAUCAGCAGCAGAUACUGCAGACCUGUAGGAAAUUUCAGUGGCUGUCCAUACCCUUCACCAUCUGAGACAACCUCAGUUGUCCAACCCAGUGAACCCAUUCCGAGCACACGGCCAAAAAAUUCUCAAGGUCACAUUGGAAUGGUAAUCGCAUUGAUAGGGCUCGGACUUGGUACAGUCUUCGCCUUGGCUCUCGCCGGCUAUUGCACAAUCAAACGCUUUCAGAAGCAGAUUAAAUCCCUCUUCCGCCCAGAGAAGCCCCGCGUCCCUGAAUCUAGCACCGAGAUCCUCAUCAGUGAACCCAGUUCGAAUGAAAGAGUUUGCAGCGUUCCUGUCCCUGCCCUGCCGCCUGAGACGGAAACUUCAAGGAAACUCCCAGACUGUGUGCCGAGACCGAUCAAAACUCACCAAUUUAUAUACUCAGUUCUGGAUGUGGUUCCGGUGGGGCGGUUUAAGGAGCUUGUCCGACACCUCGGUGUCACCGAGCAGGACAUUGACCGGGCAGAGCGGGACAACAGAACUUUCAAGGAGGCCCAGUACCAGAUGCUUAAAGUUUGGGCCGACAGCUCGAAUGGAGGAGGGUCCAACAACCUGCCUCGCCAGCUUUUCCAGGAACUGAUGGAAACGCUGAGGGAAAUGGGUCUAUGUGCUUGUGCGGAACAUAUAGAGAAGAGUUACAGCACCGAGGAUUAAACACACACAC